UAACUCGUCUUUCAUUUGCGUAAUACUCCUCUGUCCAAAUAAUGUCCAAAAUGCACAGGAUGUUCAGUGACGUAACUAGGAAGUGACCUAGGUAUUUCCUGGUUUCACUACAAUGGAGCAACUCUUCUCUAAAUCCGGCAUACGGAAUACUAACUUUUUACUCGAGUAUUUUUAUUCGUGGAAAUGACAGAACAUGUGAGAUUUCCGGUCCCCUCGUACCUUUUUCUAUCUCAGCUGCGAUUUACCUUUGUUUGGAAUUCAACUAAUCGUACAUUUUUCUCUAAAGCAAUUUAUGGUAAGACUACUUUCUAUUACAAAAUAUCUUUUUAUCUGGUAAUCUUUCAACCAUGCAGUUUGAUAAUAAUCUAUUUUGCAUUUUAUUCCGUUCAGUUUCUCACAUACGCGAUCCAUAAGAAUGAUCGUAUUGGUAAAUCUAUCUCCUCGGAUUGAUCAAAGGAAUCUGGAAAUUCGCUUAGAAAUAAUUACACAGCUAUUAGUUAAUUACCUAACGAGAAUCUCGCUAAGAUUCACAAUAAAAAUGAAAUUAAAAAUCUUAUUCUACCCUGGGUAACACGCGCCCUUGUUUCUUUUUGUUACAUCACGAGGCAAUUGCUCAGUUUAACAACGCUACUUAUGCUUACCACCGAUUUUGCAACGAUAUUAGAAAAGACUGUGGGAAAGGCUAGUUCAAUACUUUCAGUUAAUUAAUCCAACACGUUAAUUGCGUAAUGCGCUAUCAAUCUGAAGAAGAUUAUUCAGACUUCAGACUGUACUUUGUUCUGUGUAAUCAAACUGUUCCCCUGUUAAACUCAUAAAAUAAUGAAAUUAAUCGAAAUAUUAAAGUUGUAAUUUAUAAAAAUUUAUUCAAGUUUCAGAGGAUCGAAAGAUGAAUAUCGAAAGGGAAUGGAUGAUUGCACUUGUUGGAAAAACAAAACUGCUCGAGUUUCGUAACUUACUAUAUCCUACAUUACGUUCUAUCUCACGUUUAAGAGAUCACGAUUCGCCUAUAAAGUGAUCACGAACCCAAGUCAGGUGCUAAUACAUCAAUAACAGUAUCAAUAAGAAUCAUUGCUACUGGUAUACUCGAAGGUACCAACACUGAAUACCAAUUUCAAGUGUUGGGUACUUUAAGUACCAUUUAUCUAGUAUUCAUAAAAUUUUAAAAAUAUUUAUCAUUUUUUGAUAAACAAAUUUUGUGAUCAGUUAACGAAGGAACUUUCCAUUUACAAGGAUCAGUGGUCAUUCGUCAUUGACUGAAGAUAUCGAUUACAAACGUGGAUCAAUUCUUGUUUGAUAGCGUAAUAGGUGGUAGCAGACGAAUGAAAGAAAUUAAGAAAAAGAGGAAGAAGAGGGACAGGAUGCAGAGCUAUCUUGGUCUACUAGUGAAAGUACUUUAAACUCAAAUCACGUGCUUCAGUUCUCUCAGGAUAUUGAAAAUACAAAAUCGAAGAGGAAGAUUCGCUAUUGACUCAUCCACAGGAAACGUAAUAGAAAUCUACCUACUGCUGAGACGAGAUUGCGAUAGGAUCGCUCUAGGGAUGUAAUUAGAACAAGGCUGUGAGACUAUACAAAGCGAACAUUGAAAGUUACAUACGUACACUAUAUCUAAAAACCGUUUGCCCAUCGAAACCUUUCAUAUUCACAAGACACCUGGACGAUUCCAUGAAUUCCCACGAAUUGAUAUUAAACAAGCAAUAUGUCAAAUUAGUAAGAUACACAAUAAUAUUACUCGUUGCAUUUUCAUAAUAGAAGAAAAGAAUCGUAUUCUAUGCACGAACCAUUGUACAACAGAAAUUCUAAUCAUUCUCUAAUCACGUCUAACGAUCUGAUCUGAUCGGUAUACGUUUAUAAAAAUGUUUCAGAGAAACUAAUGUUUGAAGAAGAUACUUUUCCACGCGAUGAAAUGAAAAAUUGGUCAAACUCUUACAAUGAAGACAACCGGAAGGAAGAGUUGGUUCAAUUUAAUAUGGAUCACCAUAUUCUUGAUAAACGUUCACGCAGAGAAGCAAAAACGAGAAAUAUUCAGGGAACAAGUGUUACCAGCACUUGGAGGUAAAAUUCCAGAGGAAGCCUUUAGAACCGAUCGUUUGGCGUUGAAUCGUUUGAAUAAGGAAGGUAUUACAGUACCUGAUGGUGUAAUUUUAGACGCGAGACAUGUUCAUAAAGAUACGCAACAUGUUCAAACUAUGCCAGAAGCGAUACAGGUGUACCUAACACAGGAUGGACGAUACAUACCGCCAGAAGGACGUAUCCACUACAACCAUCCAAAAACAGUGGACACGACUUACGUUAUUCGUAAACCGUAUUCACAUUUCAAGCAUUCGAACAAUCGGAUCGGCAAUAAACAUCGGAACAAUCAAAAAUCGCAAACUCACACGAGCUUUCGACAACUGGUACCCAUAAUACCACCCUCGAAACCAGGGGUGUACAAGCCCAUCGUAACGCCAUCAUUGUUUCCUAACGUUGAUCUCUUGGGAGACAUUUAUCUACCGAGAUGGAACAUACAAUACGACUGGGAUACCGUUUAUCAACCAUUCGACGAUUACAUCGUCAACAACAUCGCGUUCUUCAACUCUCAUCAGAUCAUUACCGAUUACCAGGGAUUUCUAAAUAAAUAUCACGAAAGAUCUUCGAGGCACAUCGAAGCUCAGUCCAGAGACAGAAAUCACAAUGUCUCUCCUGAAAUUCGUGAUAAAGAAUCGAAGAAUACGAAUUCCCAAGCAGCAUUUCACCAAAGUUCUAGAUUAAAUAACGAUGCGAAUCGUUACACGAAUCUUACUGAAAUUCCGGAAACAAGUUUCAUCUGUAAUGGUAGAAAAGGUUUAUUUGCCGACAUUGAAACCAAAUGCCAAGUUUUUCAUAAUUGUUCCGGAUGGUCGAAAACUUCUUCGCUUUGCCCUAUAGGUACAGCAUUCAGUGAAACGAAGAAACGUUGUGAAUGGUGGAACACGGUAGACUGCAAGUAACACGUGUAGUAAAUUAUCAAUUAUAAUUAUUAUGAUAUUUAUAA